CCCCGCGCCAGCAAUGGCAGCUGCGGCCUCGGCGGCUCCGGGCCGAGCUAGACCCGGGACGAGGAGGGGCUGAGCCGCGGGGGAUCCUGGAAUCGGCGGGGAGGUGGGGAUUCUGGGAGGAAAACUCCAUUUCCUCCUUCCCCGCCGGCCUCUCCCCUCCACCCCGGCACCCCAAAUUUCCAUGUGUCGCCUCCCGGGCGCAGAGCGCCGGUGUUAAGCGAGGCGGCGGCCGCGGCUGGGAAAAUGCUGGGCAUGUACGUGCCGGACAGGUUCUCCCUGAAGUCCUCCCGGGUUCAGGACGGGAUGGGGCUCUACACGGCCCGCAGAGUAAGAAAGGGUGAAAAGUUUGGACCAUUUGCUGGAGAGAAGAGAAUGCCCGAAGACUUGGAUGAAAAUAUGGAUUACAGGUUGAUGUGGGAGGUUCGUGGGAGUAAGGGAGAAGUUCUGUACAUUUUGGAUGCUACCAACCCACGGCACUCCAACUGGCUUCGCUUUGUUCAUGAGGCACCAUCUCAGGAGCAGAAGAACUUGGCUGCCAUUCAAGAAGGAGAAAACAUUUUCUAUUUGGCAAUUGAAGAUAUAGAAACAGAUACAGAGCUUCUGAUUGGCUACCUGGACAGUGACAUGGAGGCCGAUGAAGAAGAACAGCAAAUUAUGACAAUGAUCAAAGAAGAGGAAGGUAAAAAUUCUAAAGGACAAUCAACAACUGGCAGAAAAGAUCGCUUUGGCUGUAAAGAGGACUAUGCCUGUCCCCAGUGUGAAUCGAGUUUUACCAGUGAGGAAAUUCUUGCUGAGCAUCUUCAGACAUUACACCAGAAACCCACAGAGGAGAAAGAAUUUAAGUGCAAGAGCUGUGGGAAGAAAUUCCCAGUUAAACAGGCUUUGCAAAGACAUGUUCUUCAGUGCUCAGCAAAAAGCAGUCUGAAGGAUUCUUCACGAAGUUUUCAGUGCUCUGUUUGCAAUUCUUCCUUCAGUUCAGCAUCAAGUUUUGAGCAGCACCAGGAGACUUGCCGGGGAGAUGCCAGGUUUGUGUGUAAGGCUGACAGCUGUGGAAAGAGACUGAAGAGCAAGGAUGCCCUGAGAAGACACCAGGAAAACAUCCACGCCGGGGAUCCUAAGAAAAAACUCAUAUGUUCAGUGUGCAAUAAAAAGUGUUCUUCAGCAUCAAGCCUGCAGGAACAUAGGAAGAUUCAUGAGAUAUUUGAUUGUCAAGAAUGUAUGAAGAAAUUCAUUUCAGCUAAUCAGCUAAAACGUCAUAUGAUCACCCACUCAGAAAAACGACCCUAUAAUUGUGAGAUUUGUAAUAAAUCUUUCAAGAGGCUCGAUCAAGUGGGUGCUCACAAAGUAAUACACAGUGAAGAUAAACCUUACAAAUGCAAGCUUUGUGGAAAGGGAUUUGCCCACAGAAAUGUUUACAAGAAUCACAAGAAGACCCACUCUGAAGAGAGGCCUUUCCAAUGUGAGGAGUGUAAAGCUUUGUUCCGGACCCCAUUUUCUUUGCAGAGACACCUGCUCAUACAUAACAGUGAGAGGACUUUCAAGUGUCAUCACUGUGAUGCUACCUUUAAAAGGAAGGACACCUUAAAUGUUCAUGUCCAGGUGGUUCAUGAAAGACACAAGAAGUAUAGAUGUGAGCUGUGUAAUAAGGCAUUUGUUACACCUUCAGUGCUUAGAAGUCAUAAGAAAACACAUACAGGAGAAAAGGAGAAAAUCUGCCCAUAUUGUGGCCAGAAAUUUGCCAGCAGUGGUACACUGAGAGUUCAUAUCCGUAGCCACACAGGUGAGCGUCCCUAUCAAUGCCCUUACUGUGAAAAAGGAUUCAGUAAAAAUGACGGGCUGAAGAUGCACAUUCGUACUCACACCAGGGAGAAGCCAUACAAGUGCUCAGAGUGCAGCAAGGCCUUCAGCCAGAAGCGAGGCCUGGAUGAGCACAAGAGGACGCACACCGGAGAAAAGCCUUUUCAGUGUGAUGUUUGUGACUUGGCUUUUAGCCUGAAGAAAAUGCUGAUCCGACACAAGAUGACUCAUAAUCCCAAUCGUCCACUGGCAGAAUGCCAGUUUUGCCAUAAGAAGUUUACAAGGAAUGACUACCUCAAAGUGCACAUGGACAAUAUCCAUGGAGAGGCUGACAGCUAAUGGUAGCUGUAAAGGAAUUAAGCCAUUCAGAAGGGCUCCUAAUACGAAACCCAGAUUUCUCUCAGCUGAUUAGCGUAGCAGAAGUAGCGAAAAGUAAUCCACUGGUCUCAUAGUUCUUAUUUGCCUACCUUUAGAGUCCGUAGAUACAUAUGCAAAAAAAAAAAAAAAUCCUACUUUUGUCAAGAAAUGGUACAAAUGGAAAAAAAUAACUUUAUAGCCUUCCAAAAUACUACUUGUGUUAUAUCUUAUAAAAAUGGAAAAAGGAGCCAUGGCUCUUCUUGGCCAUCUCUUUAUAGUGAAGUUUAUUAACAUACUCCGUAUUAGGCAUUUUUUAUUUUAUUGUUAUCCUUGUGUGUGUAUGUGUGUCUGUGUGUGUGUGCAUUGGUGAUGCUGGUUAUUGCAACUGGUUAUUACUAGUUUAGCCAGAAAGAGAUUAAGAUUUCCAAGAUACUUCACUGCAGAUAAAGAAUAAGGGGCAAGAGUUUUCAAAGUCUCAAGCAUGAUAACAGGAUAAAACUUGCUAAAACUUGCGAAAACAGGCCAAAAGUUGAUCUUAUUUAAUAAAUAGCUCCUUAUAACAGAUCAGUUUAAAAUAAAGAGGUAUUUAAGAACUAAAACAUUGAUUGAAAUGUUGCUCAUUUUAGACAAUUCUCAGGAAACAUUAUUUCCUCUCAUCAUUCAUAGGCUGACAUUCAUGGUCUAGAUAAGAUCAACACAAAAAUGACCAUAACACUUAAAUAUUUAUCAGGCUGAUCCUCCUGAGUUCAUACUAGUGAGUUUUAGAAAUUAACAAUACAUAAAUAUAUAUAACUAAAAAUGGAAACAAAAUAGGUUCUCAUUAUCUGUUGACUGACAGGGUAACAGGACGGUAGGUGUAUUACAAUAUUAGUCAUGAUACACCUGGCCCUUUACCCUCUCAUUUCAUAAAAGUGCACAGAACAUGUUAGUGCAGACAUAACAGAGUUCUCAGAGCAUUUACGUUAUGUUUCACAAAAGACAUUUUUCAGAAUCUUGGCAGUAGAUGAUUCUGAAACACUUCUGAAUUACUCUCAAUCCUAUAUAAUUAGGAAUCCAGAAUAAAAAACGUAAACCUGGCAAUUGUUAUAAUUGAAAUUAUCACUGAUGCUUAAGGGGAAUUGAAGCAAGAAGCAUAAUUUCUUCCUUUAGGUUAUAUUUCAAUUAAAUACUUGAGAGCAACAUACAAUGAACAGCUUGUUUUGGGAGAAGAUAUGAUAAAAUGUAAUAGUGUUGUCAAAGCAGUGUAGAAGAAUCCAAAAACCAGAAAAAAAUUAAAAUGAAGCCCAAUUCAUGAACUUUCCCUAUUUGGAGACCAUUCAAAAGAGAGAGGAAGUAUAAUUUUAAGGAAGUUUUUUAGUUUUAAUGAUUUCUGGAGAAAGGUUAUCUGAAGACAGUUCUUUGAAGUCAGGAAUCUUGUUUUAGAAUUAUAUUUAUGCUCAGUUGCAGUUUUAAAAAGAAACAUAAAGAUUCGUUAUAGAUGUUUAAACUCUGUGAAAAUACUAAAUUUGAGAUUCACCAGAGACAAUUUAAAAAAAUAUAAAUGCCCACAUUAUAAUUUAGAAGAUAUCUAAUAAGUAUGGCUAUAUGUAGCAUUUGUUCUGAAAUUAUAGACUGUAUUUUAUACAAGUAGAUUUUGGUCUUGUUUCUUCUCACUGUGUCAUUUGUUUCAGUGGUAUAUUUUUAGAUCUAAAGUGUUUUCAGUUUAACAUGACAGUGUGCUUAAUACCAUUUGAAUAUAAAAGGACAGCUGUAAAAUUUAGUAGUGUGUAUUAUUUAAACACAUUCUGCUCAUUCCUUUGGAUGCUGCCUUCUCUGUAUGGGAUGCUUCAUAGCCCGAUUAUGUGAUGAAUGUGAAACUUGAAAGGAAGCCAAAUACCAAUUUUGUGUAAUCUCAGUGACUCACAAUUUACAGGGCUGCUGAGGAAAUUACCCUCAAAACCAUGUUAUGUGCAUGCUGCGGAGUGAGCUGAUGAGGAUGAGGUGCUGGACCUGAUCAGGCUGAAGGUUUGUAGUCAAGCAAAACUUUAGAAAAUGGUGUGGAGAGCCCUACUGGUACGUCAUCCUUUCUUUUCAAAGCACUGAAACCAAAACAGGUCCUUAAAAGACUAUUUGCAUGCUGUCCCCUUUUAUCCAGAAGAUGAUUGAUUAUUUAUAAGCAUUUCAGAUAUAUUAGUAUUUGUAUCCUGGAACUUUUAAAUCACUUAGCAAUAACAAAAAGAUAAGAAGUGAUUUGGUUUAAUUGAGAAAUUAAGAGCAUAAAUAAGACAAUCAUAGAGGGAAAGACUUGGAGGCAAGCUGGAGUGCAGGUACUCACUUUGAAGUAUCUUUCUCUUCUUUUCUGCUGUAGAAGGUUAUGGCUCCUGUACUAUCUUGGGAAAAGGCCAAACUCUUACCCUGAAGUCAGGGCUAAAUAAUUUUGAAAGAUAUUCAAUAAUACGGGUAGGUUCAGAUAUGCUUUUAUAUCUUUGUAUAUUAACAUUCAAGAUGUUUGUAUAUCUAGAAUUCCUUUUUGCUUUACAAUCACUGGCUUCUAUUUUUUUUUCCAUUCCUUUUUUUUCUUUGGUGGGGGGAGGUAGUUGUUGGCUAUACCGAACACUUUGUUGAUUAAUCAUGAUUAACAGUUGCAGCAUAAACGUAUUCAUUGGUGAUUCAUUCUUGGGUUUACACAGGAUAGUUAAAAUGCUACUUCUACGAAACAUUUUCUAUAUCCGUUGUGUGUGUGUGUGUGUGUGUGUGUGUGUAUGCAGAGGAUCCUUUUAUGAAAUGCUUAUAUGCAAAUACAUUACUUUGUUCAAAACUCUUCUGUCUUAUUUGGCAGCCAACUCAUUGGAUAAGUGUGAAUAUGGAUCACAGAAGGUCUUAUAACCUUAGUUUUUGCAAUCAAUUUUAUGUGCUGCUGCCUCUCCCAAAGCUGAAAAGGAGGGAGGAAAAGAGGCUAGGUACUGGAAAUAUUCAUUUUUUCCUUCACAAAUCUAAAUGUUGCUUGUGAAAACUUAUCUUGGGGUUGUGAAUAUAUGGAGAUGGGUAGGUAGGAGGAAACGUGUCUAUUUGAAACCCUAAGAUUUUAUCAUUAAAAUGAGGUUUAUUUGCAUGUACAUAUAUAAAUGCAGUAUUUGUGAAUAUAGCAGAACUUCAAUAGCAUUUUUAUUUUAUUAUCAAUCUAUAAGCUAUAUAAUCACUACCACAGUUGGUGUUAGCAUUGUAGUUUACUACAGGACUGUAACUAGCACAGUUCUAUCGUAAAAUCCAAAUGAACAUUUUAAAGUUGUUUUUGAUGAAAGAAGAAAACAUAAUUGCCGUUACUCCCAGACCUCCUGUUUUAUAGUUUAUUUCUAAGCAUUUCUAGAUCUGGAAAGUAUCUCUACAGUUAAGCCGAGUUGAUUUCAGGGCCACAAGAGAGAACACUGUCUUUAAUUCUCAUCUCAUUCUUGGUCAAACAUAAAUGCCGUGUGAAAAGCAACAUUACUAAUAAAAGAAACUUGACUUAUAAUAUUAUUUCUGAUAUUCACAAAUAUAAUUUAAGGAUGAUUAAAGUUAUGGCUAAUGUUUUAGGUGUUCCUUUUUUUAAAAGUGGUGUUUCAUCAUUUUGGUGUUGUCUCAAUCUUGUGAGGUUUCCCUGAUACAAAAAAAUAUCAUCAUCAUCAUGGUGAUUCUCCAAGUAGCAGAUUUAGAAAUGAUACACUCAUUUAACUUUGAUCUGUCAGAAUUCAUUUAACUAGCUGAGGCACUAGUUCUUUGGAAUUUUCGUAGCCUUAACUAUCUUGGGCUCAAAACUGUGUUAUUACUGCUGUUUGUUAAUUUGUUGUAUGACAGAAUAAAAAAUGAAGUCUGGAGCCUUCAGUCUGGGCCAUGUCAGAAUAUUCUAGAUUUCCUAGGCCCAUGGACUAGUACAGAAUGCAGAGGGGAUCUGAUACCAGAAUGGUGCUGCUGAUCCAGUGUCAAAGUUUACUUUCUACGUUUUUUUAAAAAAAUGCUUAAUACUGUAAAACAGCAUAUAUAAAAAUGUUUAUAUUUGUUAUAAAAUAGGCUUCCUAAAUACUUGGUAUAUUUAACUUCCUAACCCUGCAAACAUUGAGGCACUUAGAGUAAGUUUUUAUGCCACCUUGGCAUAUUCCAUAGCAAAAGGAAACUAAGAUUUUAGGUAGUAUUGACCAUUCCUGUGCUGAAAAUUGAGAAGGGACGUGGGACCACUGAAACUUGAUGAUCUAAAUUAAUGUAAAGGAGUUUACAUAGAAUAUCACUGUUUCUGACAAGGAACACUGUAGACAUACUAGGAAUUACGUAGUAAGUACACACACACAAAAUGCAUUUACCUCUGCAAAAUAAUAUAAAAAUGAAAAGAAUUCCAGCUUGUAGUGGACACCUCAUUUUAAAAUCUUGUCUUCUUGGAGAACAAUAAUGCUCUAUUCCUUAAAGUUAAUUUCAUGUGACAUCUUUUACAUAAUGUUUUGACUGGCAUACCUUUCCCCCCCAUUCUUCUACUACAGACUAUUCUUAGAGUAUAUGUACAUUUUGGAUGUGUUUCUA